GCUGCCGCCGGGUGAGGGGAGCGGAAGGGGCGGGCGCGGGGCGGUAGCGGCGGCUGCUGGCGGCAGCGGGGCGGCCGCCAUGACGGACCGGUACACCAUCCACAGCCAGCUGGAGCACCUGCAGUCCAAGUACAUCGGCACCGGGCACGCCGACACCACCAAGUGGGAGUGGCUGGUCAACCAGCACCGCGACUCCUACUGCUCCUACAUGGGCCACUUCGACCUGCUCAACUACUUCGCCAUCGCCGAGAACGAGAGCAAGGCGCGGGUCCGCUUCAACCUGAUGGAGAAGAUGCUGCAGCCCUGCGGGCCGCCCGCCGACAAGCCCGACGAGUCCUAGCCCCCACGGAGCCCCCCGGCCACAGCCAGCCCCGCAGCCCCCCCCCGCCUGCCCUGCUUCGCCUGGAGGUGUUGGGACAACGCCUGCGCCCCGAUGGUUCCUCCCCGUUGCGGACUGUUCACUUUCUCUCUCUUUUUUAUAAAAAAAUACAUUUCAGUGGGCAUUUGUAACGUCUCGUUUGGUAAUGUGCUAGUAACAGCGCGUGGUUCUGAAAGGCACGGUGUUACUCGAUGUUAAGCUGUUCAGUACUUCUUGUUUGGAGUGACAGCAACAACUUUAACAUAGUGUCUUCCCAGCCUCGCCAUCUGGUACUUGCCCACCAGACCUGCAUUUUGGGGAGGGAAGGGAGGAAGCGCGUGGCCUAUAAAAGGGUUUGAUCUGUUGUCAGCCUUUGGGGUGAUCUGUGAUGCAGUGUACGUCCAUUGCUCCAAGGCCAUAAAACUCAAAUGUGACUUUACUCUGUAUGCUGUUUUUUUUUGUCUCACCUUCUCAUCUGCACAUUGCAUUUUCCAAAUCCUGAUCCUCUGUUCCAGCUUAUUUUUUACUAACCAAUGUUUAUAGUAAUCUAAUUAAAAAUUUUUCUACAAUU